AUGUUUACUAGCAGAAGCAAGCGCGACUCCUGCUAUAUAGGUAAGUCGGAUGUCCCUCCGCACCUCGGGCCGGGGUAUUAUAAUACAGACACUAGCACACUCCGUCGCUCUGCGUAUACUGGUCAAGCCCCCUUUCAGACAACAGCAGUUAAUGACAACACGUUUGAUCAAGAAGUUAAGCGAGGAGCGUUUGUACCUGCGCCUGGAGCUUAUGACGCAUACACUACUCCAGUAUACAUUAGAGGCGCAAUCCAGGAACACAGCGCCUUUGCCAGCACAGUUCCUCGAUUUAAAGAUGUACAGAACGAUGUCCCGGGUCCUUCUCAGUACACGAACAUCCAGCCAAAUCUAUCAAAGGCUGGCCACACAGACAACAUUAGGAGAAAGAAAAUUCAGCUUCAAAAGUCUCUAAAAGCCAAGGCAGAGCAUCGACACAAUGCCGAUCUUAGUGCAGCAGUGCAAUCCAUUCCUUACAAGGCAAGACUGCCAGAAAAGCCCAUAGCAAGGACGGGGAGAGACGCAUGGAUAGUGGACACCGCUAUGAGCAUGGUUGAAAACCCCGGACCAGGGGCGUAUAUAGAGCGUGAGGACUUUGUUCCUGUAGCGCCGAGCGUAUCAAAGAAAGGACACAAUGCCUCCACUGCCCUUAUUCCCGUCGGAGGUGCGUCUAGCUCCAUUGCUAAACCAGGGUUUCUACCGAAAAUGAAAAAGAUGCGUUCAUUCCCUUAUGCAGGAACGAACUGGGUGCGAGCAAAGGGAAGGGAGCCACUUUUCGGUGGAGAUCCAAGCAUACAAGUGGGGCCAGGAGACUACGACACAUCUAUCAAGAACAUAUUGCAAUCUGCAGAUCUUACAAAGCCGUCACCUGCAUUUGCAAGUGCAGUAGACAGAUUUUCUAUCAAGUAUGACAAGGACAUGCUCGAGAUAGCCCCAAACACAUACAAGGUGGAGGACGUUGGAUCCAUUUCACAGAGGCAGAAUGAACUACGGCAACAGGCAGAAUUAAGACAGGAAGUAAAGAAGUCUCUACAAAAGGCUAUAAAGCUCUCUGAGAAGCUGCAUCCGUCUGUGUCUGCGGUAGGGGAUGGUGCUGGGGGCAACAAAGCGAUGGCAGAGUUCCUGAGGGGUGUGAAGAAUGCAGAGAAGUUGCCACCUUUUCUAUCCAUGGAGGAGAAGACUAGAGUAGCAAACCCCCCUGUCGGACAGUAUAGUGUACCACCUUCCAAGUUCGACAAAAUAGCGUCCCAGAACAACGUCACGGCAUUUGCUGACAACGAUAUAUCUAUGCUUGCAGUUAACCGGCUUGCGCUCAGACAGACAUUUGGGGUGCAGAAGUGGCCAGAAACAGCGAGUAGCAUUCCAGAGAAGGUGAUAGUGGACGGCGAAGCAGAGGAGAUCGAGGAGAGACCGCCACCAUACAGAAUUGGUAAUGUGGAUAAUCUCAGCGCAAUAAGGGCUGGUGUGUCUAACGCGGCCAAUGUGGCUAGCUUUUCGAAGGCAGUUGACAGAGAUAAGGUGAGUGAAGUGUGUAAGCUGGGUCGGGACAGAGAGCACCUUGGUCCGGGGUCCUAUAAUGAUACCCAGAGCUUCUCGGCGAUAUCAAAGAAGCAUGAUUUCUCAACGACGCUAUCUGGUCCGUUUGCAUCGACUGUUCCCCGGAAUACCAUCCACAAGGACGCAGAGCAGAGGCAGCGUGAGGAGACACUGGCAGCUGAAAACCAACAACGGUUUGCUGAAAUCAACACUGAGAAGAGGUCAAUGGGUGGUGCCGAGACCGCAGUCAGCUUUGCAAAGGCUCGUUAUGAUGGUGCAACCGACAUGGAGGGUCGGCCCAAAAAGAUGUACAACAAUAGCGGUACAGACAGGAAUACUUCGGAAAUCAUUAUGGCUCAGUACGACAUGUCGAUUCCAGGGGUUGCUGUAUACAAUACAGCAACUGAAAGACGACAGAAUGCUGCUAAGCUGUAUACGCACGACAGAAUUAAGAGUAGCACAACUCUCCCCGAGUCCUUGCGUCCUGAGAUAGCAGGCCCAUCGGCAACGAAAGCGGCGCGGGUGCUGCUCGAAGAUCGGAUGUGGACUGCACCCGGGCCAGGGUAUUAUUCUAAUGAGAGUACGUUGGUAAAGAGGAGCUUCAACGUUUUAGCAGAAGAUAAUAUGUAA